AAAAAAAAAAAACCUAUUUUCUUUUGUACUUUCAAUGUUUGUUAUUGGUUCUUUCCUCACUCAUCUUCUUCAACCUCAACUAACACACCCUAAUCACCCCAACAUUUCCAUAACAAUGCCACUGAAUCAACCCAUCUCUCACUAAUCACUUCCACCAUUCAUCCAAUUCCAUCUCCAAACUCAAAUCCAAACCAUGACAUCUUCAAAAACAAUCUCAGCAGCUCUCAAACUCGUCGACACCAAAAAACAAAAUCUCAAAAAAGCAUACGAUGAUCUUCAAUCCCAUUCCUCUCUCCUCUCUUCCUUCCCCCUCUCAUGGCCAGACCUCGAUUCCCACUUCACCACCCUCCACAACACUCUCUCUCAACGCUUCCUCCAUCUCCAAACCCUAGAAUCACAGUUACAUCAAAACCACAAUGACCCUUCAUCUUCCCCUUCUCAAUUACCUAACCCAAAUGCUAAAAAUCAAAACUUUACAUCAAUCGCUAAUGACCCAUCUUCGUCUUCUAACCCUAAAACUCACUUGGAAGCAUUGACUGCUUUUUGUAAGAACAAUGAUGGAAAAGGGUUGAGGAUUUACAUAGGGGAUAAUUUUAAGGAUAAGGGGAUAAUGAAAAAUGAAAUUCAGAUUGCGUUCAAAUCUGCGACUAAUCCUGCUGACAUGGUGCUUGAUGCAAUUGAGGGUGUUUUUGUUGCAAAUGCAGUGGUUGAUGGAAAAGAACGUUGGGUUAAUAAAAAAAGUUUCAGUUUUUUGUUUCAACAGUUGAGGGUUUUUAGUCCAUAUGUUAGUUUUGAUGUUAGGAACAAAGCUAAGAGGCUGUUUAAUGAGUGGAAGGUAAACGUGAUGAAUGAUAAUCCUAAUCCCAGUUGGGCUAUGGCUUUUUUGCAAUUUGUUGCUGUUUAUGGUUUUCUAUCUGAAUUGAGUCUGGGUGAGCUUGCUGCAUAUGCCGCUUCUGCUUCUGCUACUGAUGACCUUCCUGACCUGUAUCAGAUUCUUGCUUUGUCAGAUAAAGUUCAAGGUGUUAUUCAGAAACUUAUUGAAAGAAGCAAACAUAUUUUGGCUGUCAAGUAUAUUUUUCACUUCAAACUUACCGAUAAGAUGCCACCAGUUCCCAUUUUGAAAGCUUACGUGGAUGAUGCACAAAAACUCGGUAAAUGGCUUGCCUCCGAGGGAAAGUCAAUUAAUGAGAUCAAAUCUAGAGAAAUCCAUGCACUGAAAUCAGUGAUUAAGGUUAUUGAGACUUAUAAUCUUGAUUCUGAGUUUCCGCGUGCAAGCAUUGAACAACGUAUAGAUGAAUUGAAUAAACAGCGCAAGGUUGGUGGAAAAACUGCUGCUCCAGGUUUUGCUGCAAAUCCUCCUCUUCUUCAACAACAACAACUAAGUGGAAUCAAGCGUCCUCUAACCGCUGCUCCAUUCGGUCCUGCAUCCGUCCUUAAUAAUAUCGGCAGCACCACAUCAACCAUACACCAAUACCAACCACCUCAUUUCCAGCCCACAAGUUUGUUGCCGGAACAUCCAAAUCCAUACACGAGCAUGCCACCAGUGCCGUUUGGCAUGAACGCACCGACACCAACUGUCUCCUCCUAUACAGUUCCUUCAACCGCGUCCCCUUAUGGUCUUGAUGGUGUCUCAAUGGCUCCCAAUGGAAACCUGAAUCAAUCUAUUUCUCAUCCGAAUGCAUCACAACAACCACUAGUCAUUCCGGGUUAUUAUGCCUCAAUGGAUUCCAACAGCGACCUCGAUCAAGGUGGUUCUGGUCCCAACCCGCCCGAGCCCCGAGUUAUUCCGGGUUAUUACGCCCCAAUAAUUUCCAGUGGCAGUCUCGAUCAAGGUGGUUAUCAUCCAAAUCCGUCUGCUUCUGGUGGCUAUGGUUUGCAACAUUAUUACGGAACACCUUAUUCUCAAUAGGUUAAACAAUUGCUUUCUUUUUCUAGCUCUUAAUUCCUUGGUUGCUAUUAUAGUUUCUAGCUCUUCUAGCUUUUGGUUAUAGAUGCGGAGCUUGCUUAGUUGUUCACCAAGAUGAUAGGAUAGGAAUCAGAUUAAACAAUUUAGAAUUGUGGCCAAUUGUUUUGUUUGACGAUUUUGCGUCGGAAAAGUUCAUUUUAGAUCGGCCGUGAUCUACUUUGAACUUCUUUGUUCUUGCUCUUCUUAGUUGCGAAAAUAUUUCUGCUCGGCGAUGAAGCUUAGACAGGUUUUGGAAAACAACACUCACUAGAAUAGAAACUUUAUACUAUGGUAUUAUGUGUAGUUUAACUCUAGAAUUUUUUAACAAGUUUAGUAUGCUUUCAUAA